AAAUAAAUAAAUCUUUAGUCGCGACAGCUUGUCCAGGAGAAGACCCUGUUCGAUCUGCCGGCGUUGAUGGCUUCGCCUACGUUGGACGGCGCUUCUCUGUUCCUCGUCGCCCUCCUACUCCCGCUACGGCUCCUCGGCUUGAGCUCUCGUCUUCUACGAGGAGGAUCCGACCGAGUUCGGUCGUUGGGGGUCCGAUCGGUGGUCCUCUUCGCCUUUGUCAGCAUCCGGCUCAGCGCCAUAUUCGCGCUCUCCGAUACCUCGCCCUCGGAAAGAGGCGCACUUCUCUCCGAGUUGGAGGACUUGAGGCUCAAGGCAUCUCAGUUAGAAUUAGUUCUAGAAGUGAGUACCAGAACCUUCAAUUCAAAAAUCCUUGACCUAGAAGAAAGGGAUAAAGUUGUCAAGGAGAUGGAAGAGAAGAUCCGAAUAAUGGAGAAUGCUUUAUAUGAAUUGAAGGGUUCAAACAGUGACUUAUUGAACACUGAAGUUCGAAUUGGUGCUCUUGAGAAAGAGAUUCAGUUGUUAUUUGAGCAGUCGGCUAAGAACAAGGAUAGCAUUUGGAGUUUAGAGUUAUCCAAUGACAAGGCAAAAGAAAAAAUGGAGAUCGUAGCUUCUGAAGUUGAAAAGAUUGAGAAUAUUGUUACAGAACAAUGGAUCCAAAUACGCCAACUGGAGCAGGCAUUUCAAUCGACAAAGAUGAUGGCAGCAAAUGUUCUCAAAAGAAAUAAACAAAAAGAACAGAACAAAAUCCUAUGGCCGACCAAGGAAACUGUGAACAAGGUCGUGCAGUUCAUAAGGGGCAUUGGCCGCUUUGAGGCCUCAGAAUUUAAUCUGCUUGAUUCAUUCUUUUUGAGAGCUUCUUUCUCAAAAACAGACACACCUCGAGCAUAUGAUCAUUUCAAAGCCUGGAUAUUGUUUGCCCAAAACUGCCAUUAUGAGCUCCAAGAUUUAAUUAAACAUGAAAUGAAAAUGAACGAGUUCACUGCUGAGUUUGCCAAUAAUUUUGUUGUCUUCUAUCUGGCUUCUAUGAUGAUGGCCAUUCCUGUAAUGAUUGCUUGGAUUGUGUUCUCAUCGUUAUUCAACUUCUUCAAAGGAUGAAGGCCCAUCGAGUUGAUGGUGACAAUUUGCAAAAUAGGAUUACACAGUUUUCUUUAUACGGUAUAACCUACCUUUUCCAUAGUUGCACUUGUUCUUCAUAUACAUAAAGUUCCCAAACUAAGAUAUUUCAUUUUCUUUUCUUCA